AUGAUGCGCUUGUUCUUGUGCUCUUUGCUUCUAUGGCUCGUGUCUGGAGAACCAGGCCGAAAGCCCGACAGAAGCCUGAGGGGUCAGGAGCAGGAACCAGUCCCUGAGUCCCCUGACCAAUCUCAAUGUGUGCCACGUAGUUUUGUCAGUCGUGGCCAAGAUGGAGCUCCAAACAUGGCACAGUGUGAGGGGGACUGUGAUGAAGACAGUGAUUGCGCAGAGGGACUUGUGUGCAAGAAGAGGGAAUACGGACAAGCCGUUCCUGGAUGCAGCGGCUGGAACUUCCCUCAGUUUGACUACUGCUAUGAUCCAAAUUGUGACGAGGGCCUGCCGCCUUUGGACAGCAGCUUUGGAAACCAUGGCUCCCAAGACAUGCCACUUUGUUCUGGAGACUGUGAUGAAGAUGCUGACUGUGCAGGAGGCCUUAAGUGCUUUCAGCGUGAUGGACUUGAGCUGGUGCCCGGGUGUAGAGGCAGAGGAGUGCCCACGUUUGACUAUUGCUACAACAGCACGGGCACAGAGACCACAGCAGCACCCACAGCAGCACCCACAACAGCACCCACAGCAGCACCACCGCUCCCGACUCCACUGCCUCCUGGCCGAAAGCCUUGCCUUUGCGUUUUUGACAUUGACAGAACCUUAACCGGAAAGCAGGGGGAGCUCAACACAUGUCCUGCCAACAAAGAGGUGCAAGGUGUUUGGGAUGCAGCCUACGGAGGGGGAUGGUUGGUUCUGUCAGAGGCUGCCCAGAGCUUAGACAAGACCUUUUGCAAGAGCUGCUACUUGGGAAUUGUGUCUCACGGCAUUGCCAGUGGAGAUGGCUCGGCUGAGCGUUCAUAUUUGAUCGACAAUGUUCUUAUCAGCCAGCCUUUCAAAGACUUGGCUGCAUCAAACAGCCAGGUAAAGGUCUGGUCUGCCAACGGGCAGGUGGUUUCUCCCCUUGUGCUUGCAUGGCCUGAUGGACUGAAGCAGGAUGCAGUCGGCGGGAUCGUUGCAUGGUAUGCCCAGCUUGGCAUCAAUAUCCCUGCUGAGAAAGUCUACUUCUUCGGUGAUAACACUGGGAACAUUCCACCUUUCCAAGGCUCAGGAUACAAUGCACGGGAAAUUUCGUGCCAAUCCCGUGACUACUCCGUCGGAAAUGGCAUCAUUGGCCUUUGUGGUGCCACAAGAGCCGAGAUCACGAAGUGGCGCGGUGUCAAGCUCUGCCAGGAUGAACCAAUUUUGACAACACCAGCUCCUCCAGCGCCAAGCGCUUGCAUUUGCAUUUUUGACGUUGAUCGAACCCUGACCGGAAAGCAAGGGCUGGCUGAAGGCUCACAGUGUCCAGCCAACAAAAUUGUUGAUGGCGUGUGGGACACUGCCUAUGGAGGCGGCAUCCUGACUUUGUCGGCCGCAGCUCAGAACCUCAAAAGGACCUUUUGCGACUCCUGUUACCUUGGAGUGGUCUCAGCAGGGGAUGCUAGCGGAGAAGGGUCGGAGCUCCGUCGGGUCAUGCUGCAACAAGUGCUUCGCUCGUCUGUCUUUGACGAGUUCAGCAAGAACAAUCCGCAGGCGUCACGAUGGUGCAGCUCGAAUUGGGUUGACUGUCCAUUGGUCUUGAGUAGCCCGAACCGCUUCAAGCAGAACGCAGUAGAUGGCAUCCUUGAAUGGUACCGACAGCAGGGCGUGUCCAUUGAACCGCAGAAGGUGCACUUUUUCGGAGAUCGUACUGAAAACAUUGGUCCAUUUGCCCAGAAGGGCUACAAUGCGAGGGAGAUCUCGUGUAAAGAAAGGGACUACUCGCUUUAUGCCAACGGGAUGGUGGGCCUUUGUGGUGCAGCACUUGAGGAGAUCGUGGACGUGCUCUUGGCUCAUGCGCUGUACGGGAUGAACACUACAGUGGCUGAUGUUUGCUUCGCUCAUUGUGACUUCAACUUCAACCUACAUGAAGAUCAUGAAGAAGCUUCAGUCAGCUUUCACAGACGUUUUCUCCCGCAGCCAACUGCCGACGUUAUGCAAAUCUCUUCUAAGAAGCUGCCACUCUUUGACUCUUUGACGCUCUUUGAGGAGUGGACAUGCCCAGCAACUCCAGCACAGCCGUGCUGCUGGGAGCGAAAGCAGCCCAAGGGUCGCAUCUCAAUCCAAUUGCAGGGUUUGGUCGGCCUUGAUGUCCUUGGCACGUAUGUGAGAGUGCAGAUGGGGCAACAGUCAUACUGCACUGAGACUGCAUCAGAGGAUUCCAGUUGGAUCCUUGGCAGCCCAAUAUCCUUUGAUGUGGAUGUCAGCGAGCAAACCCUUCGCCUUGAAGUUCACAGAGCUGGAAACUUUUUGUGGCAUCGAAGUGUUGGCUUCGUAGACAUCAAAGUGGGCUCAUUUGCAUCACUUCAGCCAGGUGCGUGGAAUGCAAGAUCCGAGGGACUUCAUGGUGCAGACCAGGUCAACCUGCAGUUUGACGUGUGGUAUGAGCCUGUGACUGGCAGAAGGAAUUUCCACGACUUCUUUGUGUACGAUUGGAAUCAAAAGCUGGCGGUCUCGCUGCGUGACUUGAACAACCUGGGCUUGUCGACAACAGUAGCUGUCGCAAAGCCACGCAAAGUCUCUCAGCUUGUGGCAGGUGGUCCAGAUACGUGGAAGAUGUAUCUUCAUGACCAGGGUCUUGACACUGAGGUGCUUCAGGAGACGCGAGGGGAAGUGGAACUUUCUCUGGAUUGGCUUGAGGUGCUUCCCGAUCUGGCUGAUGCUUUCGAUUGUCUAGUCGAAUGCCGCUUUGACGAGGUCUAUGCUCCCAGCUCAUUUUCAGCGGAGAUGCUUGCCAUGCGGGCCUGCAUAGGUAACGUCAUGAAGCAGACACCUCUUGCGCAGCGCAAGGAGCAAGAGUUCAAAGUUGAAACCAUCCUUCGCUUGCCAGUGACGCGAUCAGCGGUUGAGACAGAGACUUUGGAACUUGCAGCGGUCGAUGGAAGAGGCAAUGUUUGUGCAUCGCUCCUUCUUCGGCUUCGGCACCUGAAAUCUGGAAAGCUUUUGCAGUCCAAGCUGCGCAUGGAUGGGGCAAGUUCGAAGCUCGACGCCCAGGUGUCCCUAAAGUGUUCUGGCUUGGGAAGCAGAGUGCAAGCAGAGAGGCAGAGAUGGAAGAGCAGGGAAUCUGGGCUUGAGCAGACGGAUGAAACUCCAAUUCACCUUGACUGGGUGAAUAUGGUGUGUCGCAGGUUGCACCCCAAGAUCAUAACGCUUGCAGCACGGCAGUUGGAGGAUCCAUUUGGCGUUUUCACCCAAAGCUUGCGCCUAAAGAUGCCUCUACCUUUGCAGGACAUUCACUUUAGCCACUUUUUGUUGGGCACAACUCCGCCAGAAGUUGGACCGUUUGAAGUUUCGGAGUGGCAGCAUCCACAUGAUGGAUCAAUGGGCAUCGAAAUGAAGGUUGGCUUUAACUUGGACACGGAGGCCAAUAUAGAGAUGCAAGUGCAUGGCAUCAAACUCGGCAUCAAUAGGAUGUUCUUGAAGGGUGACUUGCUCAUACGCUUGGAGCCAUUGAUCGACGAAAUUCCUGUCAUUGGUGGAAUUGUCGUAUGCUUUCUCAAUCAGCCUGAAGUGGAAUUUCAGUACUCGGGGCUGGCAGCUCGGGUGGAUUCCAACAUUUUGCGGAGCUUGCUGCAGUCUGCGGUAGCACAAGCACUGGUUCUGCCACAAGUGGUCAAAAUUCCGAUUGGCACCGAAGAGCAAAACGUAGAUCGAGCCCUUCUUGAUCCAGCCCCUGUAGGUGUUCUGCGGAUUUGGGCUUUGCGGGCAAGAGAUCUGCCAAGCAGUUGGCCUUUAGGAAGCCGCUCGCGCAGUCCUUACAUGGAUGUGUCGCUCGAAACAGAACAAUGGCAGACUUCAGUCGUGUAUCAUUCGACUAGCCCAGAGUGGAACGAAAAGCACGACUUUCUGGUCUUCGACAAGCGCCAAGAGGUUGGAAUCAGGGUGUGCGACAGCAAGUCGUUGUUUCUACGCAAUGUCAUUGCAGCUGCGCCGCCCAUUCCUGUGGACGACCUUGUAUUCCAGUCAGAACAGGAGGUUGAAUUGCUCAAUUGUGACCACGGCGAUGAUGUUGUGAGCCCGGUGCAUCCUUCUUCUUCUUCUCCAGCUGGUACUGCAGUUCUUCGCUUCGAGUGGCUGAACUUUGUGAGGCCAGGUAGAAGAGGUCCAGAUUCCCGACAUUUGCUUCGGGUGAAGUUGGAUGAAAUUGUGGUACCCACCGAGCUGCUGGAUGUGCAGAAAGCUACAGUUUUGGACCCAACUUUGGUGAAGAUGCGCGCAAAAGUCCGCGAGGUGACAAAGGACACACCUGCAGUUGCUUGGUUUCCAGCUGAUAGCAGCAUGGGCGAGGCAAGCGCAUCUGGGACCAACGUCGGCACGGUUGAACUGGACCUAGAGCACACGCUGUUUCUUCUCAUCAAUGCCGUCGACCUGGAUGCUGGAGCAUUGGAGCUCGAACUGCGCAACGGCAAUGACAAGAUCCUUGGGUCUGCGCAGAUAAAGAUCUCUGACGUGCUUGCAGCUGGCGGGAUGAAGUGGAGAGACAACCGAAGAUUAGCUCUAAAGCAUGCAACAGGGAAGUGCUUGGCUGACGUCGAAGUCUCCAUACAAGGGCUUAGAUUGGCCCAGGAGUGCGUUACCGGAUUCUGAGGCUAGCGCGAUGGCAAAACAUUCUGCAGUGACAGCUGAAGGAUCCCGAAGGGUUCGAUGUUCAUUGAGUGUUCAUAUGUGUUCAUUGUAUAUAUAUGACUGACUGGCGCAUACUGGCGCCAGACCAGCCAUGCUACUGAGGGCCACACUGCGCAAUGAUGCCAC